AUGCCACCUAGAUCGAAGAGACCCCAAUUUACACAACAGGAUAUCGAUCAGCAAUUACAGCAGAUCAACCUCCUUGAUUCCUCGUCCCCGUCGGAGAAUCUCGAGCAGCUCGCACCAAUCAUCAAAUCCGUCCACGAGUCUGGGAGACAGGAGGCCUUCCUGCGCACUCUCAGUGGUCUGAUCGAGAGUAAGGAAGCUGAAAUUGAGCGUAUAUGCGGGGACAACUACCAAGACUUCGUCAGUUCCGUGUCGACCCUGCUAACAGUGAGGAGUUACACUGCAAACCUCAGAGGCAGGAUUAGCGAGCUGGACUUGAGUGUGAGCGAAGUCGGGAAUGGACUUGUCAAGAAGAAGAAAGCGCUGCAGCUGGCUAAGAGGACGGCGAACAACCUUGAUGAGGCGAUCGAUACACUGCAAGCUUGCUUGCGCGUACUUGACCUCGUGAAUCGCGUAGGAGACAUGGUGAAGAAUGGGCGGUAUUAUACUGCUUUACGGUCAUUAGACGACAUCGAGACUCUUCCUCCAUCUCAACUCUCACAGACUCCGUUCUUCAACCACCUCCUGAGCUCGCUCCCCUCCCUCCGAGCGCAAAUCAAGACUGCCGUCACCGAGUCCACUAAGUCUUGGUUGCUGGAGAUCCGCGAAUCCAGCGGGCUCGUGGGCAACUUAGCGCUGGAAGCGAUCGAGCAACGUUCGCGGAGAUGGAGGGGAAGGAGGGAAAAGGAAGGUGUUGGGAGGAGCAAAAUCGUCGGUAGCGCAGCGGAAGCAGCUGUGAAUGAGAGGAUUGAUUUUGAUCCGCUGAACAACGACCAAAUCACCGUGGACUUUAAGCCGCUCUACCAGUGCAUCCUUAUCCACACCGCCAUGGGCCAGCUGGAAGAGAUGCAAACAACCUACCAAGAAGACCGUAAGACCCAAGCGGCGCUCAUCCUUGCACAACGCUUGUCUUCCUUCUCACAGCUUACCAAAACCCUCCCGGAACUGCUCAACGAGCUCCUAGGGUUCUUUAUCGUCGAGGCACACGUAGUGCGCACAACGGCAAGCUCGAGCUUCAGGAGCCAGAAGGACGUGGAAGAGCUGUUUGAGAGCGUGAUCCCGAGAGUGUGCGAGGCGGUGGAGAGAGGUAUUCGGGAUGAGAAGGAUCAGGAUAUCCUCCAGGGGUGCAGGGCUCUUGUGGGGAACUGGGCUCAGGCACUUGAAGGCUACGGCUACGAUACGAGCCAGAUUCACACGCUCCUCUUCAAGCUCUUCGAGCGAUACGUGAUCAUCAUCCAGGACAAGUACAAGCAAGCCUUUGAAGAUAUUGUGAUGCAAGACGACCUUCAGCCGAUGAUGAUUGAGAAUGAAGAAGAGAUAGCCCGGGUGCUCGGAAUUUGCUGGCUGAAUGCGGACGAGUUGACCCAUCUUUCAAGACAAAAUCUGCCGUUCUCGAUGCCUUUCUCACGGUUCUUUCCACUGUGCUGUGUGGAUUUCCAAACAUUUAUCGACAAGUUCUAUGCUUUCCUCGAAGGCGGACUAGAUAAUCGUCGGGAUGUGGAUGAGCUGUUGCGAAAGACCCUAGAAGUGUUCAUCGAGCAAGCGAUCUGCAGGAAGUCCGGCGAACGUCUCAAUCGGCUCAACCAACCCUCCCAAGUCGCGCAAGUGAUCGUCAACGUGGAACAGCUGUUCAAUGGCACCCGCGAGCUAGAAAAACAGCUCGCGGGCAUGCGUGUCCGUUCCGGCGGUUCCUCGCUGCGCCUCGACCCCGCUGCCCUCCAGGGACUGCUGAAUCAAGCAUUUGACCGUCUGAGGAAGAUCAUCCGCUCAAAGCUGGACGAUUUCUUCGAUCUGGCAGAGUACAACUGGUUGCCUCCACAGCCGGAGAAGAACCCAAGCAUGUUCCUUUAUGAACUUGUCAACUGGCUCUUUACGGUUGUGGACUCCCUUGGUGCCAGUGAGGACCUCAAGGAGCGCAUAUAUAAUGACGCGAUGGACUAUCUGAGCAACUAUUUCAUGGGCUUCUUGGUCGGACCGAAUGUCAAAGCGAUUAACGAUCUUGCAAUUGCGAACCUUCUGGUUGACGUUGAUUUCCUGGAAGGCGAAUUUGGAAAACGCGGCAGACCAGGCAUGGAGUUGCGCUUCACGAUAUUCCGCACUCUGUCGUCCAUCAUAUUGCAGAACGUGGUGCAGACGUACAUCCAGCCACAGUCUAGACGACCUCCCGGUCCUUACACGAACGUACAGCCUAAGAUGGUGUAUGAACUGCUCAACAAGCUCGCUCGUGGCGGCUCACAGAGUCGCGUUGCUGCGGAUCGGGAGAGGGCAGAGAGACGACGUAGGGAGGCCGUACAGGUGUCUCAGUUGUUUUCGUAGUCAUAUACCUGCAAGUAUU